CGUAUCGGCUGUUCUCGGUGACCAAUUUUACAAUUCAAAUGGUUUCAGUAACGUUUAUUUUGGAUGGGGCGGUGAAGAUGACGACUUCAGACAAAGAUUAAUCGUGGCUGGAUUUUACCCCGUGCAUUAUAAAGAGCAUUCUAUUGCUCGUUAUACUAUGCUCAAACACAACGACAAUGAUGAUAUAAAUGAAGCUAGGUUUAGUUUGCUGCAUACGGGAAAUGACAGAUACCAUUGUGAUGGACUUAAUUCAAUGGACUACACUGUGUUAAGAAAACAAUACAAAAAACACUAUCUUCUUAUCAGAAUCAGCUUACCUACCGAUCUCAGCACCUCCAUUAUUUGCCAGCGCUGCUCUAAUGAUCAUACAUUUAAUGACUUCGAUACGAAGAAGAUAAAAGAAACUAUAAAAGAACUGCCUGAAAUUUGCAAUAUUGUGAAAUGAUUUUGAAGUAUGAAAAAUAAAUUAAUUAAUUGAG